CUCCAUAGCACAUGACUGGGUACCAUGGCUGGAGAUGGUUAUAGGUUUAAGCACUAAUAGAGGCAUCAAAGUUGACCAUAGAUUUCAAUAGCAUUUAUGUAUAGUUAUUGUACUACUCGGGUUACUCUAGCUGCCAACCGUGGUAUGCUACUUGGUGCCCUGGCCCUCAACACACCCACUGAGAUGGCACAAAAUGGAGGAGACCUUGAAUUACCACAGAGACGAUUAGGUGGGCCCAAGGAGCAGCCCAACGGGAAGCUUGCAGACGCCCUGUCACUGGAGGAGCGGAAACAGCGGGACCGCGAGGAGCGGCUGGAGCUGCUCCUGUGGAGGAAGCCGCUCGUCACCCUGCACUACUUCCUCCUGGAGUCUCUCAUCACCCUGAAGGACUGGACCUGCAGGCUCUGCCAGCAGAGGGCGACAGUGCUGGCUGUGCUGCUGGGGCUCGCCUGCUUCUCCUUCAUGUACUCUGUCGAGGGAACGCAUCAGAAGUACGUGCAGCGCUUGGAGAAGAAGCUCCUGUGGUGCGUCUACUGGCUGGGCCUGGGCGUCCUGUCCUCCGUGGGCCUGGGAACGGGCCUCCACACCUUCCUGCUGUAUCUGGGUCCCCACAUAGCGUCGGUCACUCUGGCCGCGUACGAAUGCAGCUCGGUGAACUUUCCGGAGCCCCCCUACCCCGACCAGAUCACCUGCCCCCAGGAGGAGGGGGCGGAGGGCAGCAUCUCACUCUGGGCCAUCAUCUCCAAAGUUCGUCUGGAGGCCUGUAUGUGGGGGGCCGGCACUGCCAUCGGAGAGCUCCCGCCCUACUUCAUGGCUCGGGCCGCAAGGCUGUCGGGCACCGAGCCUGACGACGAAGACUACGCAGAGUUUGAAGAGAUGUUAGAACAGGCAGAGAAUGCUCAGGACAUUCCCACCCGAGCAAAACUCGCUGUCCAGAAGAUGGUGCAGAAAAUAGGAUUUUUUGGAAUUCUAGCCUGUGCCUCCAUUCCAAACCCAUUGUUUGAUCUAGCUGGUAUAACAUGUGGCCAUUUUUUGGUGCCUUUUUGGACAUUUUUUGGGGCAACACUCAUUGGAAAAGCAGUCAUCAAAAUGCAUAUCCAGAAAUUGUUUGUUAUCAUAACGUUCAGCAGGCACAUAGUGGAGCAGAUGGUGUCCCUGAUUGGUGCUGUCCCCUUACUGGGGGCCUCUCUCCAGAAGCCCUUCAGGGAGUACCUGGAGGCUCAGAGGGCCAAGCUUCACCACCAGGCUGGCGAGGGAUCCCCCACGGUAAGCACAGGCUGCCGACGCCCGCUUCUUCUUCCUCCCCUACCCCCCUCCUCAUCCUCCCUUAUCUUCAGUUAUUUUUAUGCGGUCUGCCUCCCAUGUAGCUUUUGUGCAAGUUUACAUAAGCGCUCGCUCGUUUUGUUUAAAGGGGCGCCUUUGGAAACGUCUGUCAGUUCACCUGUGCGGUGGUUCGUGUAGUCGCGUUAUAUAUAGUCUGUUAUAUUUGACGCGUGAGCGUCCGCGUAGCUGUCGCAGGCUGCGGCGUUUCGGGAGCUAGACGGGGGCCGGGGGCCCGGGGCCGGGGGCGCGGGAGAAGGGGCAGACACGGGGUCGGCCCCAGGGUUGCUGAGUCAUACGCUCGACGGGCUGUGGGCCUCCGGAGGAGACUGAGACUCCCACGUGCCUCCUCACUCUGCCAGGGAGAGAGGGAGAGGGAGAGGGAGGGAGAGAGAGAGGAACAGAGGGAGAGAGAGAGAGAGGUUGAGAGAGAGCAUGGGGAGAGAGAGGGAGAGAGGAAAGAGAGAGAGAAAGAGAGAGAGGGAGAUAGUGUGCUUGUCAAGGGCCGUGGAGCUACUGAACAAAAGGACAGUUAUCUGCCUCUCUGAAGUGUGGCCAUGUACUGAGAGAAAUAUUCAUGCAAACUUUUUUUUAAAAGAAAAAAAGAAAAAAAAUACGCAUAAAACCAAAACAAAACCGGAGUUGCGAAACACAGGGUUCAAGCAGUUCAGCGCGAUGUUCUGUUUCUCGUAACAUGAACCCCCUCACCCCACCGAAGUUAAAGGAGAAACACAGGACGAAUAACUUCUGAAAAUAAAAGAUUCCUGUAUGUAUGAGAGAGAGAAGGAAAUGUGUUUUAAAAGAAAAAAAAAGAAGAUAUUACUUAAAAAUCUUACAGUUCGUUGAGGGAUUUUUUUUGUCAUUGAAUCAUUUGUUCUUCUGUACGCUUCAAUAGCCUCAGUGAGCAGGGGGUGUGUGAGUGUGAGUGUGUGAGAGAGUGUGUGAGAGAGUGUGUGUGAGAGAGAGUGUGUGAGAGAGAGUGUGUGAGUGAGUGUGUGUGAGAGAGAGAGAGAGAGAGAGAGAGAGAGAGUGUGUGAGUGUGAGUGAGUGAAUGAGUGAGAGAGAGAGUGUGUGUGUGUGUGUGAGAGAGAGAGAGAGAGAGAGAGAGUGUGUGUGUGUGUGUGUGUGUGUGUGUGUGUGUGUGUGUGUGUGAGAGAGAGAGAGAGAGAGAGAGAGAGAGAGAGAGAGAGAGAGAGAGAGUGUGUGGUGACCGGAGGUCUCUUUGUUCCCACUUGGCAGGGGGAGAGCUGGCUGUCCUGGUUGUUGGAGAAGGUGGUGAUCAUCAUGGUGUGUUAUUUUGUUUGUUCUGUCAUUAACUCCAUGGCACAGAGCUAUGCCAAGCGCCUACAGCAGAAAAAGUACUCUGAGGAGAAAACAAAGU